AAUAUAAGUAAACAAAAAUGCACUAGACAAUUACUACAAGAGAAAGUCACGUGGCUUGCUUGAGAUGUGCCCCUGCUUUCCUAUAGCAAGCAAAACCAGCAACUCGCAUUCGUAGCAAAACUACUUAUAAGUUAUAAUUACUAUUGCAGCAUGUAUCCACCACCGUCUUCCUCAACAUCAUCAUCAUCUUCUCAGCAGAGCUUGGGUGAAUCCAACCGCCUCAACAAGGGACUCGGUCUCAACCGCUACGACUCGGCUCCGGGAUCGUUCUUAGCCGCGGUUGAUUCUGUCAUCGGACAAGCACGAAGCAAACAAGUCUCGCCGCAGCCUUACUUUUCUGCUGGUUCGAAUGGGAGCAACGCGCCUGAUCAUAAUCUGUCGAUCAAUGGAUUGCAGAGAUCGUAUGGAUCCUCGCCGUCUUCGUCGAACGGAGGAAUUCCGUUGAUUCGUCAUAGUAGCUUGCCUGCUGCCUUUUUGAACCGCGUGCCUUCGGCGGCUGCUGACAACGGUUUUUCAGUAACCAGGGGAAUGGGAAGCUAUAAUCCUCAUGGGGGCACAGAUAAUGCAAGUGGGAUACAAAGGCUAAACUCUCAAUUGAGCUUCACUAGACCAGAUUCUCUUUCUCAGAUAACUGAAGAAAGUGAGGAUGUUGACGAUGACAUCCACGGAGAAGGGCAUAGGAAAGCUACUCAUUCUUUCGCCACGGCCAGUUUUGGGAUGGGAACAUGGGACAAUUCAAGCAAUAUAACAUUUUCAGGAGGACGAGGAAAACGAGCUAAAAAUGAUAAUGGUGGUGGUCUAAACAUCACGGAAUCACAGUUCCAGUUUGGCUUGUCAGAGAUGGCUUUAGAUAUGGCUUCAAUGGAACAUAUGAUGGAUAUUCCUCAGGACUCUGUACCUUGCAAAGCUCGAGCAAAGCGUGGUUGUGCUACACACCCUAGGAGCAUUGCUGAAAGGGAAAGAAGAACGCGAAUAAGUGGGAAAUUGAAGAAGCUGCAAGAUCUUGUUCCUAACAUGGACAAGCAAACUAGCUAUGCCGACAUGCUAGAUUUAGCUGUUCAACAUAUUAAAGGUCUUCAGACACAAGUUCAGAAGCUUAACACAGACCUUGAACACUGCACUUGCGGAUGCAAGCAAAAUGCACCAUGCAACCAAUAAUGAAAACUGAAGCCAGAGAAAUUUUGUGUUAACUGUCUGCAUUCAUUGACAUGCAAAUCAUUCAAGGAAGGAAGAAAAGUUGGAACAUCUGAAUUUGUACAUUGAUUAAGAAGCAAAGUAUUCUUAGACUUCUUCUGCUUCUUGUUUUGUCCUAAUAAAUUUUGUUAUGUACAUCAUUGCUACAGUUUAUUUUAUAGUUUGGACUUCCAGUCCUGUUAAAAUGCAUGUUUGUUGGUUUGAGUUACUAAUAGAUUGUGAAGUUGAUGGUUGUGACUAUGGGUGUAUCAUGUAUUCAUGUAUGUGACAGGCUCAGAGACGGUGCAUAAGAAUUUAGAUCUGUAGUAUGGUUUGUUCAAAGUAAGAAAGUUUAGCCAUUUGUUUA